AAACUUUGAAACAGUUGGUUCAUUGAAAUUCGAAAUCGAUAUUUCGCAAUUUCGAAUUAGAAGAAUAAAACGAACCUUUCUUCAUUAAUAUUUUUAGUGAAAGUAAAACAGACAACAAACAAGUGAAAAAGUAAUCAGCUUUCAAAAUCGUUACGGAAAUGAAUAGUAACAAGAACUCACCAUCAAAAUUACUUCCUUUAACUCAACAUCUGAAUCUAUAUAAUGGUAACUAUGACAGUGAAAUCGAAGAUGUACUCAAAAUAUGGGUAUUGCCUACUACCAACCAAAAUAUUCAUGAAGAUUUAUUAAGAAAUAAGUCCAUAGAAGAAAGGCAAUACUGUGACACUAAUAAUUACUCUAUGUCUACAAAUGUGAAUUCAGCUGAAGAAUUGACGCUUUCCGAGUCAAACCAUACACAAAUUAAUGAUAACAGUAAAUUGGCUUCAAAUUUAAAUCACAUCAUGAAACAAUUGUCACGGAAAAUGUGCAAACAAUACCUCCUUCCAGAUGAAUAUACUGAACUGGAAUCUGAACUUGAAAAGUCACUGAACAUUGCUGAAUCGAGUUCAAAUACAGUUUUGUAUGCAAAAUUCAAAAGUGACAACCAAUUAUUAAAUCAUAAAAAAGUGAAGCAUUUUCACACAAAAAAUAAUUAUGAAGACCUUAACGAUUUUGAGAAAUACCAAUAUAAGGAUUUCGGAUAUGGUAUAAGCCAGAUAAAUGGUGAAAAUUUGGAAUACAUUCUGAAUGGUAAACAUACAAAAUCACCGGGAAAACAAAUUUAUGACAAUAUUGUUCGUAAAGAGAAAUUGACUCAUGUGCGUAAUGGGAAGAAGAUUGCGAGUAAUCAAGUUGUAUGCAAACAUAAAUACUGUGAAGAUGCAAAAUUAUUUCCGUCAAAUACAUGCACAUGUUCAUCCAUCUGUGCACCAGAAUGUAGCAGCACGUUAGCAACACAUCGUCCGGAGAAUGAUUUAAACAAAUUGAUCCAACAAACGAGUAACAACGCAAACCACAAUACAGGUAACAAUGAGCAAACGUCCAUUUGUUUAGAAAAUAUUACGCCUUUCAGCUUGACAGAGUGUCCAUUAUUGAUGGACCUUUAUGCGAUUCAUAAAGAAACUACUAACUCCUUAUCAAACCAGAAAGACUCUGCAUGUGAAUCAGAUAAUCUGUCUUCACUGAACGGUGUAUUGUACUCUUUCAAAAACUCCCUUGAGUUUCUCAAAUCACCAUCCCAUCAAUCAUUACCAAAAAUUAUUAAUUAUUCAACGUAUACGUCCGUCAUGUGGGAAAAUUUGAUGAAGUUAUUGAAUCACUUGAUAAAUGAAGAGCGUUUGUUUUGGCAUAAAGAAUUACUAAACAGAAAUAAAUCUAAUAAUUCAGAGGUUGAGACGAUUGAUAUUAAAUCUUUACUCAGUGAUAUUGAUCGUUUUUAUUCAGAAGAAUUGCGCCUGCUGUGGAAGCAAGUUUAUGAAAGUUGGGUUCCGCGUGAUUAUCUGCAAUAUUUUUCAGAUGAAACAAGAAAAGUGUUUAUCAAUUUAAAUCUUGUCAUUGGAAAAUUGCUAUCAUUUAUUGAGAAAGGAAACUAUAAUACGUCAUCAUCACAUUCACACAUAGGCAAUCUGGAAAAUUUCGAUUGCUUUAAAAGUUAUUCAAAGAAGUGUUUCACUAAUCAAGAUAGUCGUGAUAAGAAUCACCGUUCAAUGAUUAACAGCAGAUUAUCUCAUUCGUGUAGUUCAUUGAAUAAAAUUCAAAACAAUGGACAAUUAUUUAAUGAUCAACACUUGGAAUAUAAUGAAAGUAAAAUAAGUUUUAAACAUAUGAGAGAAUUAUUAAAACUCAGUCAUCAGCAGCUUCUAGAACAGAUUUAUCUUGUGACCGAGAUGGUUGGUGCUGCACUUGACACGGACAUGGAGGACGCUAUCAAUGGAGUACAUAUCUCUGCUGUCAACAAUCACAAGAACAUGAAUGAUAAUCAGUCUAACAAUAUUACGAGCGAUAAGUUAACAACGAGUGGAAUGCUAACAAAUCCAUCAACUCCAGGUCUACAAGUUGUUGCUAAACUACUCAGUGCUAUACUUGAUUUAGAAACACGAUUAGACACAAUAUGUGAAAACCAAAUUAUAGCAGAGAAUAUAACAAACUCCGAAAUUACAUUUGAUUAUGAUCAAUGGGGUAAAAAUUAUUUGAAAUAUACUCCAUGCUUAUCUUCAGAUGAGACUACUUCAUCGUCAGUGCAACAAGGACUAGGAUUUCAGAUAAAAGGUGUGCAAAACCCUAAACGUAUAAAAGUGAUUGGAGAUAUCUUACGAAAUAGAAGAUAUAAAAGAGAACAUGUCAGAUCUCCUUUAGUCAAUGAUCAUGAAAACAAUUUCAGAAAAGAAAAACAAACCGAUUUAGAUGAAUAAGAUAUUUUAAUGGAAUGUGAAAGAAAUUUCUAAAAGAAAAACGCUAACUAAUCAAUUUACACAAUUACUGACAUAUUUACCGACAUCACAACACGGUUUACCUUUUGCAAAACUUAUGAUGUAUAGCUUAUUUGUACUAUAAACAAAAAAUAGGACACUACACUGACAAUUUAGAUCAUUUUACUAUAACUAAUGUUUUUUUGUUCAAUUACAAUAGAGAAAUCCUAGAAAUUGUAUUGUUGAAUAACAAUAAUUUCUGUGAAAGUUUACUUGUUCUUUUUCUUUGUAAAUUUUCUUUAUUCAAUCCUUUUUUUCUUUAAAUACGUUCAUCGACUGAAAUGAUCAGUUUCAGUCUGGAAAGGACAAGAGGCAUGAUGGCCUGUGUUAGUCCUAGCACAAUGGUGGUCUCUCAGUUGAUCCAGUUUUUUUUAGUUUUCUAAACUGACAACAUUUUUUUUCAAAAAUAAAAAAAAGAAAUUGGAUAGAAAAACGAAUUAGUUAUAUUCAAUGAGAAUGUUUCCCUAAUUGAAAUCUCGAUAAUCCCCAAUUCAUCAUUACAAUUUAUUUUUGUUUGAAAAUCAUGAAUGAGUAUUUCUGUUUAUUGUUUUCAAUUUAUUAAGUAUUCGAAUUCAUGAGUCAUUUAAAGCUAGACCACCAUAGACAACCUGGAAUCACUGGACGGCCGUUUCGUCUUACUGCGGGACUCCUCAGUGGUACGUACCCUCGAUCCCUCCCGCGAGAUUCGAACCCAGGGCCUAUUGGUCUUACACGUGAACGCUUAACCUCUAGACCACUGAUCCGGCAUCCAACGGUGUUAAUGUCUAC